AAAACAAUCUUUAGUUGUUUUUAACCAGCUUUUAUAGUCAGGUGCAACUGGAUAAACAUUUAGAUUUGGUUUCCAGUGUUCGCGUUUUCAGGAAUGGUUGCCAGGUUACAGUCUCGAGCAAAACUGUUAUGAAUGAUUAGAGUAGGAAGUUGAACGGACGCCGCUGAUUGGCUGUAACCGUACCACCGUGGGCGGGAGAGGGGCGGGGAAAGGGCGUGACGCCCCCUACAUGUGGGUGUUACGCAAACCCAGACGAUUGGACAAGUUCUGACUGGAGAAGCGAUAGGAACGCUGCUAUUGGGCGAUGGGCGGGGUUUAAGGAUCGGGUAUAGGAACAAAUCGAGCUGGCCACGCGCGUGCGGCUCGACAUUGGCUCGAACAAGGGACGGUGAAGAAAAUCUUUAACGCAGUGUGUUUUUGUCUUAACGUUCGUGUUGGUUUCCUUUGAGUGCAGAGUUGUUCUGGCAUUCUUUUACGCAAUGUAUUUUUGUAUUUUCUGAAGAAAAAAAAACAACUAAAUCAUAUCUAGGCUACAUACGCUUUUAGUAUAUUUGAAUAGAUACGACGUUAAUAUCGACAUUGCAUUUAAAUAGAAUUGAAGUUGUACCGAUUGUCGGAAAUCGCAUCGUCCGGACUGUUCGGAUCUCACAGUUUAAAAAAACAAAAACAUCUUAUUUUAGGAGAUUACGCGAGAGGAAUAUUCACGUGGACCAGACACUUUUUUUUGUGUGUGCGCGAGCUCGAAUGGAGCAGCACGCAGAGGCGCGAGGCUGUACCGGUCACGGAUCGCGAUCCCGGUGUUCCGAGCUCCUGCACAACAACUGCAUGCAUUUAUCCAUCCAGUCGACGACGGGAACCCGCUUCGAGCUGUCUCUCCCCGCGGAGGAGACGGUGGAGGGGCUGAAGAGGAGGCUUUCACAAAAGCUCCGAGUGUCCAAAGACAGGCUCGCGCUUCUGCACAAAGACACGAGGCUAAGCUCAGGGCGGCUCCAGGACUUUGGAGUUACGGACGGGAGCAAGUUGACCCUCGUACCCUCGGUGGAAGCAGGAUUAAUGUCUCAGGUCUCCAAACCAGAGCAGUCCAUCAUGCAAGCGCUGGAGAGUCUGACAGAAACUCAGGUUGGUGACUUCCUAUCAGGGCGUUCUCCGCUGACACUUGCCCUUCGUGUAGGGGAUCACAUGAUGUUCGUGCAGCUGCAACUGGCCGCACAAAACUCGGGCGUCCAACAGUGCGCCACUAGGGCUCCUUCGAGCACAACCAGGACCACACAGCACAACACAGUGCCCUGUGGGGGCAGCAGUGAGCACCAUCAUACUCCAACCACUGCCCAUAACAACCAGAGGGCAUCAGCUGGACACCACCCCCACCAUGCCCACCACCCCCACCAUGCUCACCAUGCUCACCUGUCACCCCCCUCCAGUCCUACACUUUCCCCAGGCUCCGUCCAUUAUCCUCACCUGGCCACAGGUGCCUGUAGCCCUGCCCCCAGAGCAGCCACGCCUUUCCAGCAGGGUGAGUGCGGGUCUUCGAGUGUAAGCGGAAGCACCAGUUCAUGGCCAAGUAGUAAACCAGGUGCGGUGAUAGAGAGCUUCGUGAACCACGCUCCUGGCGUUUUCUCUGGAACCUUCUCAGGCACCCUUCACCCGAACUGUCAGGACAGCACCGGGCGUCCGCGCCGUGACAUUACCACCAUCCUGCAGAUCCUCAAUGACCUACUGAGUGCUACACGCCACUACCAGGGCACACCUCCUGCCCUGGCCCAGCUUCGCUGCCAUACUCCGACACCCGCGUCUCCCCGAGCGACGACGCCCACUUCGCCAUGCCCGCCUCCCUCACCCACCGUCAUGGAGCUUCCAUCAGCACCCGUGUCACCAUUAUCAUCCUCACCUACCUCAGACAGACUGGCGCUGAGCCACAGCCGCAUCAGCAAACCAAUGGGCGAGCCCUCCAGGCAGACGGAGAACAAGGCGACGCGCUGUAAGGUGGAGCGGUUGCAGUUGUUGCUGCAGCAGAGGAGGCUCCGCAGGCGGGCGAGGAGAGAGCCCAGGGCUCCCUAUCAUUGGCUGAGCGAGCGCAAAGCCACCCGAAGCCACAGCAACAGCAGCCUGAGCAGCGACGGCUCCAUCGACCUCGACUACGACGAGGCGCUCUGGAAGAACGACGUCCAGACCGACAUCGGCUCUGAGUUCGUCGUGGCCUGAACGAGCAACCCCCCGAAGAAAGGAGGACAGGAGAAUGAGAAGAUGCCACGUGGCGGAAAGAGAAAGGAUUUACACUCGUCAUGAUGUGUAAUGCUGGAAUUUUUUUUAGCGAUCGUUCGAUUCGAAACACAAAAUUGCGUUCGGAAAGAGAACUCACUUCAUCCUACAGCAUGAAGCGAACCAAGUGAGCGUCUCUCUGUACUCUGGAUACGCGAGAUGUACUAGAUUCUGUGGUUCGAUCAUUCUGACACGUUUUCACCCGAUUUGCUCACUUAACAUGGUGGUGGUUUGAGUUGCUGUUGUUACGAAAUGCGUCAUGUAGCAUUAUGAAGCAAGAAAUUCAGGUGUUUCUCACUGGUUUAUUAUAUUUUGCACACUUCUUGACCUGUGAGCAUUAAGGUUUCCUUUCUUUGUUUUUGAUACGCAGCUCAAGUGAACUCAAAUUCAAAUCGACUCAAAUUCAGAAAGCAUUUAUUACACACACAUUCUUUGCUUGUUCACACUUGUAUCUGUCACUGUAUCUCCUGGUUAAAGUAUUAAGAUCAUAUCACAGUGCCUCUGUUUACCACUUACUGUAUUGAAGCAUCACAUCUGGAACACAUCUGGAUGGUUUUUUUUUUUUUUUGCUGCUACGAAGGAUGACGUGCGAAAGAGAAGAGUCUUGUCUGGUCAUCUAUCUCAUUAUAAGUAGGAUCCGAUUCUACAGAAAUGUACAAUUCUGCCUGUUUCUCGAACAUACAAGGACCUAUUAAGUGGGGUCAUUCACUGAUUGGCUCUGUAGCACCGUUUUACAAACUGAUUUGAAGAGAAAAUGACUUUGAUGUCGUACUUUAGGUUUAUGUCACCUGCUGUUCCACAUCAAGGUGAAGAGUAAUAUCGGACGUGAUAUCUUUUCCACUAUGGACCAUUGCUGUCUCAACAUGUGUAUGAUUGAGAAAACUGGAAAUGGACAUGUUAACAAACACGGAUGGACCUUGUGUACAGUGGCCUUACCUAUCUUUUUAAUGGAAAAAAAAAAAUAGCGAAAAGUGCAGGCACUGGAAACUCUGGAUCCUUGAUGUGUAUCGUGAUUUCGACACGCCAUUAGAGCAUUAGUGAAAGGCUCCCGUGCCUCAACAACGUGCCUGAGACAAGCGGAACAAAGACGUUUCUUUCCUCGUCUGAUAAGUCACUCAGCCUUCUUGGCUGAGAAACAGAGAUAAAAGAGUACUUUCUCUGUUUUUUUUUGGUUUUUUUGGUGUUUUUGUUUAUUUUUAUCAUGAUGUAAUGUCUGUCCUGUGUAUCUCUUGUGCAUCUUUCGUCUUGUGUACAUCCUGUCUUUCAUUCUUGAAACCGGAAUCUCCAUAAAUAUAUUGAGAUAUAUAUAUAUAUAUAAUACAUAUAAAAAGAGGAACAGGUCCACAUAAACAAAUAUCACUCUGUAAACGUAUUCAUAACGUGUCACGAUGUGUACGUCUUCUGUUUCUGCACAAAGUUCCCAAAAUAUUGUUACCUGGAUGCAUGGGAUAUGAUAUAAUUUAUUUAAGGUUGAAUUGAAUAUAUGAGUAGUUCAUAAGGAAAUAUACACAUUUGGUUGGGAUGUUGUUUUUAAAGUUGACGAUGGUGGGGUUUUUUUUGUUUUUUUUGUUUUUUUUUCUGUCAACGCUGCGUUUUUCGUUGCCUGUACUGUCUUGUGAUCUCACAGGUGAGGAGCCUCUGCUUGUGUAGCACAUUUUUAUAACUGUUUUAAUUUAUAAAGCCGAUCUCGCAACUGUGAAGAAACGUUAUCUGAUGUUUUUCUCGUCACCUCUUUUUUUGUGUGUGUGUGUGUGCGUUUGUUUUUCUCGUUAUUUCCGUUUUUUUUGUGUAUUUUGUCAAAAAAAUGAAACCUGGUAUUGUAAAAGAGGGAAACAACUAAAAAAAAAAAAAAAAAAAAACACCCAACUGAUUUUCUUUGUUCAUAAGCAAUACAUUUCAGUGUGGCUUGCUGUAGACAUUUUUUUUCUUUUUAGGUAAUAAAUUUUAAUUUUAAUUCAA